GAUGGGAAAGUCGAUCCGUCGAUUCUUCGAUACCCCGAUUUUUUGAUACAUAAUCGAUAAUCGAGGAUCGGCGAAAAUCACCGAUUAUUAAAAUUCUGCAGGAUGUAGACGUAAAGUGCUGCCUAGCAGCGGUUCAUCGCUGUCGUUGCAGUAAUUUUAGUCAGUUUUACAACUAAAUAAAUAACCAUAAACGAUAUAAUAAAUAAUAAAUGAAAUAUAACAUAGCUUACCACAGCUCAGUUGCCACAAUCCCGUAAGCGGGAACGGAGGUUGGCGAUUUCGUACUGUGCAUUUAGGGUUAUUUAUUUAUUAACGCAGUGUUAUCGUAUAAAGAAAUUGUAGCCCAACUUUUACUUGCUGAAUACACCCACAUUGGUAGCCAUGUGCACAAAAUUUCAAGAUUCUACUGAGAAGUGUGCCACGUUUUCUACGUUUCUAGUAUAUUUAUUCACUUGCGUUGUUGCAUAUUUAUUUUCGUCAAUGAUUUUUUUUGUUAACCAGCAUUUGUCUAUACAUGAACUUUCACAGGUUUGCCAACUUCCGGUACAGAUCUUAUUCUCAAUUACUUAACGAUAAAAUGCAAGAAUAAUGUGGCCAUAGCCCGUAACAUUUUACGAGUUACGUAUUUUCCGUAAUUUAUUUAAUAACAGUAAACAUUAAAUCACCAGUUAAUUACGCAACUUAAACAUAAAAUUUCAAUGGACGUUUUUGAAACACGUUUUCAUUCCAGUAAGUUACCAGUACGGCAACUGUAGAAAUUUUCUUACAUGCUUUUGUUUCAAGUGAUGCUUCUUUGUUUGAAUGUUGGGUAAUGUUAGCGCAAUACGAAUAGUAAAAUAACAUUUUUAUUUACGUGAUGUCUAGUGAAGUGUGGAAAUACUUUGUCAUCGACCGACAAAAUUCUGGCUACGCAAUAUGUCAAAUCUGUAAAUGUACAAUCUCACGUGGCGGUAAAUCUAAAACUACAACAAACAUGAAAAAACAUCUCGAAAACAAGCAUGGGAGUUACGUUCAUGAGACGAAGAAACAAAGGCUACAUUCAUCGGAAUUGAGCGAGAUUGAAGAAAAUGAAAUAGAUGAUAGUUCAGCACAAAAUUGUUCUUCAGAGACAACCUUGCCAUUGUCAUCAAAUUCAGAUGUUAGGCCUACUGCUACUGAUUCAUCGAGAGGCAGCGGUUCAGUGUCCCCGAGGCAUGCUGAGAAAGUUGGCCAAACGAAUAUUUCAUCAAGAACACCAAACCAGUAUAGGCUAACUCCUAAAAGUCAAUACCAGCCUACAUUACAAUCAUUUAUUGAUAAAACUGCACAAUUCAAGUCCACUGAUCCUCGUGCAAAAUCAAUAACUCAGCACAUAGGUAGAAUGAUGUGCUUAGACAAUCGUCCUUUUAGCAUGGUUGAAGACAGAGGAUUCACAGAAUUUGUCAAAUUCCUUGAGCCUAGGUAUGUUUUGCCCAGCAGAAAACAUUUUUCAAAUACUGUUGUACCACACAUGUACCAAGAAUGUAGGGAAAAUGUGAACAAAAAGUUGGACGAAGCUGAACAUGUGAGUCUUACAACAGAUAUGUGGACUUCAACAGCCAAUGACGAUUAUCUUGGUCUAACUGUGCAUUUUGUUGAUUCCAAUUUUGUCUUGCAACACCUCAACAUUGGGGUUAUUCCCUUUCCUGAAUUAUCUCACACAGGGAACAAUUUGUGCAAUUUUAUCACAGAAACACUUGAAGAAUGGAAGCUGCAAUCUAAAGUUGUUGCCAUUGUAAGAGACAAUGCCAGGAACAUAACUGCUGGCCUAGAAUCAUCCGAAUAUGAACAUCUGCCAUGCCUAGCACAUACCCUGCAGCUUGUUGUAAAGGAAGGGCUACUGAACAACAAGAAUGUAAAUAAUCUGAUUGCCAACGGUCGUCGCAUAGUUGGCCAUUUCAAACAUUCUUGUAAGGCGACAAAAGAGUUAAAGAAGGCUCAAGCCACGCUGAAAAUGAAAAAACAUAAACUUAUCCAGGAUGAACCAACGCGUUGGAAUUCAUCUCUCCAUAUGCUACAGCGCUUACUUGAGCAAAAACAGUCUGUUUCUUUAGCAUCAGCAACUCUGCAGUUACCUGUGACUUUUUCAUCAGCAGAAUGGAACCUGAUGACAAAUGUAGUAAACCUUUUAAGUAUUUUCAACCAUGCAACAUUGGCUGUAAGUACUCAGUGUGUGACAGCCUCAGAAGUCAUACCUAUAAUCAACAGUUCUACUGAAGAGCUAAGGAAACCAGCACCUACUGGAUCAGGUGUACAGGGCAUCAAAAAUGAUAUGCUUGCUGCCAUAACUUUGAAGUAUUCUGAUGUUGAAGAGAAUAUGUUGUACGCAGUUGCAACAUUACUGGACCCACGAUUUAAACACCAUGUUUUUGUGCAGGACGGUAAUGUCACAAAAGCGAAAGUUUUUUUGAUUGAAGAAGCAAGAAAAACUAUCUGUUUGAAACAACCUGAAACUGAGUCUGUGCCGCAAACAUCCAGCCAAGCAAUGGAAAGCCAUGGUAUGUGGACAUUUUACUCAAACAUAAUGAAGACUGCCCCAAGUGUAAGCCACAUCGCAUCAGUUGAAGAUGAGAUUAAUGUUUACUUGGAAGAACCUAUUCAAAAUUCAAGUACCAACGUUUUCCAGUAUUGGAAAGAAAAUACCAAGUACCCAUGUUUAAAAAAACUGUCAAAGAAAUUUCUUUGCAUUCCACCUUCAACUGUACAUUCCGAGCGAUUAUUCAGCACUGCAGGACUGAUUGUUGAUCAGAAACGGAACCGUUUAGAUCCUGAACGAGUCAAAAUGUUGGUUUUUUUAAAUAAGAAUUUGUGAUCUAAUAAGAAUUUAGGAUCUAAUAAGACUUUGUGAUCUAAUAAGAUGCUUUGCCAGUUUUCAUUUAUUAUUUUAAGAACUUUCAAUUUUAUUUUGUCAAAAGUGUUGUUUUUAUGAUAUUUCACUAUGUUGUCAUUUAUUUCAAAGGUAUAAAGAUUGAAUUUGGUAGUUUCUGGUUUUUUACAAUAUUUUUAAUAAUCACAACUUUUUGUGGCUAUUUAAAGUUUGAUUGAUAAAUGUUAAUGAUUGUACAUUUAGUAAUUAAUAUACUAUUUAUUAAAUUGUAUUCCAAUGAAAUUGUUAGUAUUUUGAUGACUUUACGACAAUUCACUUUUUAUUAGUACUACUGACCUAUUACUAAAUUACGUAUUCUCUUUUCAAAAUUACAUAUUCAACUGGAUUAAACAUAAUCCACAUAAAAAAUAAUGCUUGCCCUACACAUUACACAUUACAGAAUAGUAAUUUCAAUUUCUUUAUUUCAAGUAAUGUAAAGUUUUGUUUUAUGUGUUAAAUUUAAUAGUAUUUAUUUAUUAUUUUGAAAAAUGCUUUUUUAGUGUAUUCAAUAAGUAUGUUUACUGAUUCCAUUGUAACUUAUACUUCAAUCCCGAAAAUGAGAAUCUAUAACUUAACCUAAUUGAUUGGAAUCGAUAAUCGAUAAGAAUCGAUGAUCGCAACAAGACUCGAUAAUCGGUAUCGAAUCGAAAAUUUUGAAAAUUUCCCAUCCCUAG